AUGUUAUUAUAUUUAUUUUUCAUUGUAGUAACAUUUGUUUUUAGUAAUUUUGCUGAGAAAUUUAACUGUGACUACCAAUUUGGGGAUCCAACUUGGAAUUAUUCAAAAGUAUUUCACAAUAAAAUCUACCCCUUACCUAAGGGAUCGGAUUCUUUAACGGUUCAUUUGAAGAAAUCUCCCGGUAAAAUGGUGAAUUUUGUGUGCGUGAACAUAACGAAUGCAGAUUUGAAGUCAACAAAUGUAUCAUUCUCUGCAAUAUUCGACAGAGUGAGUGUGGUGUUAAAGGAGCGCGCUGUUUGGGAUCUGAUGGUACACGUAAUAGCAAAGCAGCAUGGUUAUUAA